AAAAUUGCAAUUAUCGCCAAUUAUCGUAUAAUUACUAAUUAGUAUUCGUCGUCAGUGAUAAUUCACCAAACUUGUGUUCAUUUUUCAUCGUUCGAAUUCGAAAUAUUACGUUGCUUUUCUACCAAGUGUUUUCUUUUCUCCGUUCUACCAGCAGCAUUUAAUCAGCGUUAAAAAUGCCUGUGUUUCAUACAAAAACUAUCGAAAGUAUUUUGGAACCUGUCGCUCAACAAGUUUCACGAUUGGUUAUCCUUCACGAAGAAGCCGAAGAUGGAAACGCUAUGCCAGAUCUAUCUCGUCCAGUGCAAGCUGUCAGUAAAGCGGUCACAAAUCUCGUCAAAGUUGGAAAAGACACGACAAACAGCAGCGACGAUACGAUUCUAAAACAAGAUAUGCCGGCUGCUUUGCAUCGGGUUGGAGACGCCUCGAAAUACUUGGAAGAAGCUUCGGCCAUGUUGAAAGCUGACCCUUAUUCGGUUCCAGCUAGAACAAAACUGAUCGAAGGAUCUCGAGGUAUUUUACAAGGAACAUCGUCUCUUUUGCUGUGUUUCGACGAAUCCGAGGUUCGAAAAAUUAUUCGAGAAUGUAAAAAAGUUCUGGAUUAUUUGGCCGUAGCCGAAGUUAUCGAAACUAUCGAGGAUUUGGCUCAAUUCUUGAAAGAUCUUACUCCGUGUUUGAGCAAAGUUUCCAGAGAAGUAGGAGAUCGAGAAAAGGAAUUGACUCAUCAAGUUCAUCGUGAAAUCUUGAUCAGGUGUUUGGAACAGGUCAAAGAACUCGCACCUAUUUUGAUAUGCAGCAUGAAAAUAUUCAUUCAUAUUAUGUACGAAGGUGGAAAAGGGGCAGCCGAAGCGGCCGAAAAUCGUAACUACUUGACAUGCCGCAUGACCGAAGAAUUACACGAAAUUAUCCGAGUACUACAGCUGACUACGUAUGACGAGGAUGAAUGGGACGCGGACAACUUGACUGUGAUGAAAAAAGCGCAUAACGCUAUUCAAAGUAAAAUCAGAAGCGCUCGCGAUUGGUUACUCGAUCCAUUGGCAGUACGUGGAGAUAUCAGCGAACGAUCUUUGCGUCAGAUUUUGGAACAUGCUGUCCAAGUGUCCGAACGUGCGUUGCCCAGCGAUCGCGAUGCUAUCAAGAAAAUGGUCUCGGAGAUUACCACCAUGGUGGAUACGUUGUGCGAACUCAGGGAUUAUGGAAAGGGUAGUUCGCCUCAGGCUGAAGGUUUGGCUCGAGGUAUCGAAGAGAAACUUCAAGAGCUGAAUAAAAUCGUAUCGAAUUCGGUGAGCAAUUUGGAAAAGUGGGGUGGUCAACAACCAGCUCAUACCGUCUCCGGUAGAUUGGAACAAGCCCAAAAAUGGUUAUCGCAUCCAGAACGCGAUGAUAAAGGUCUAGGGCAAAGAGCCAUCGCUCUGAUCACAGCUGAAGGAAGAAAGGUAGCCGAUGGUCUUCCAGGUGUCCAACGUGCGGAAAUCUUAUCACUUUGCGAUGAAGUCGAUUAUUUGUCGAAUCAAUUGAGUGAUUUGUGUAAAAGAGGUCUUGGCAAUACUCCAAAAGCACGAGAAAUAGCGAAGUUACUGUCCCAGAAACUACUCGAAUUGAAAGGUAAAAUACAAGAUGCCGUAGUAAACAGAGUAGUCGAAGACUUUGUCGAUAUCUCUUCACCAUUGAAACAUUUCACCGAAGCUGUCCACGCUCCAGAAGGUACACCAGGACGCGAGGCUAACUUCGAAGACCGAGCCAAUACCUUAUCAGAUUGGUCUCGACGAGCAGCUAAAACAGGCAAAAUGGUAGCAGCCGGUGGAAGUAACGGUAACAAGAAGUUAGCCGAAGCUUUGGUCAACUCUGCCAAUCAAUUGGAGUCUUUAACGCCGCAAUUAGUGAACGCCGGACGUAUUCGUAUGAAUUAUCCUUACAACGCAGCUGCCGAUAAACAUUUCGAAAACUUACGUUCUCAGUACGCGGAUACGGUUGGAAAAAUGAGGGAUUUAUGCGACGAAGCUACCGAUGCGGCGCAUUUCGUUAAAAUAUCAGAGGAACAAAUGAGAAAACACGCUUUGAUGUGCGAAGAUGCUAUUUUGAAACACGAACCGAAUAAAAUGGUCGACCAUACCAGUGCCAUAGCUCGACUUGCCAGCAGAGUAUUACAAGUAGCCAAACAGGAGGCUGAUAACUCCGAAGAUCCGUUAUUCAUCGCUGAUAUUACUCGAGCUGCUGAUGCUCUUCAAGCAGCUGUCGCACCGAUGGUCCAAGAUGCCAAAGCGGUUGCUCUCAAUAUCGGAGAUCCGGCUGCUGCUUCGAGAUGGCGUGAAUCAAACAAACGAUUACUCAAUGCUGUGGGUAAUAUUAGGAAAGCUCUAACAUUACCUGGAGAUUUGAACGGAUUGCAUAUUAAUGAUUCUGGUAUUACGAUGCGUUUUCUCCAUUAUCGAGGUUGUUUUCUUUUUGAAUCGCAUGUCGAAGAGUAUCCGAAAUACAGACCGGAACCAGUAGUAAAAACUCAUCCAAUUAAUAGAGAUAUCGAAAACCAAAUCUCUCCGCCUAAACAGUACAGAACCGAUUUAUAUCAAGAAAUCGCUCCACCUAGACCACCAUUGCCAGGCGUUGAAGUUCCUCCCGCUCGUCCUCCUCCGCCAGAAACUGACGACGAAGAUGAUAUGUUUAUGCAUGCACCUUUACCAAACCAACCGAUCAUGGCUGCUGCUCACGGUUUACACCAAGAAUUACGCCAAUGGUCUAGUAAAGAUAACGACAUCAUCGCCGCUGCUAAAAAGAUGGCUUUACUGAUGGGUCGAUUAUCGCAACUCGUUCGAGGAGAAGGUGGCACUAAACGUGAUCUAAUCGAUUGUGCCAAAGCUAUCGCCGAAGCUUCCGAAGAAGUGGCACGUUUAGCUAAUAAAUUAGCUAGAGAAUGUACCGAUAAACGAAUGCGAACGAACUUGCUUCAAGUUUGCGAACGUAUACCGACCAUCGGAACCCAAUUGAAAAUCUUGUCUACUGUCAAAGCUACCAUGUUGGGAGCUCAAGAAAUACUGCCAAGAAUGGAAAAUGCAGAAUUACAAGGCGGUUCGGAAGAAGACCAAGAAGCGACCGAUAUGUUGGUGGGUAAUGCGCAAAACUUGAUGCAGAGUGUCAAAGAAACCGUACGAGCAGCUGAAGCAGCUUCCAUUAAGAUUAGAACAGACGCUGGUAUUCGUCUAAGAUGGAUCAGACGUCAACCAUGGUAUCAGUACUAAUGUGGAUCAAAAUUCGUAAUUUAUUAUUGAAAUGCCGUUACAACGGGUCUUUGAUGACCUUUGGAGCUUAAUUUAUUACUUCCAUUACCUACUGCCUUGUCAUCGAAUAUGUCGACUACAGUGGAGACUUUAUAAUGCGUUUUUGCAAUUUUUAACUCAAUAAGCAAAUUAAAAUAUUUAAUUCUUUUUUUUUCUACGCGAUUGGCUUUUUAGUAGGUAUUUAAUUAUGUACGUACUAUACGCCAUCACUCUGUAACGUUCUGUCUAAUUGUGUUAAUAUUCGAUACUAAUUGCAGUAUUACCUAUUGUUAAGCAUGCCCUUGUAUAAUAAUUACGUGUUACCAAAUUUUAAAUAAUUAAAGUCUUGCCUUUCAAUACUCUUA